AUGGAAGAACACAAAUCAAUUAGACAGGCUGUAACUGUUUUUAAAAUUUGACUAGCACUAAAUGUAAGUUUUAGAUACUAAGAACAAAAUCAAAGAAUUAUCAGAUUUUUUAGCACUCCAAUUUGUUGAAUAUGAAAAAGAAUAAGAAAAAAAAAAAUUAUAAAAAAUCAGAAAUGAAUUGGCUAAGAAAAAUUAUAAAAAUAGAUUUUCAAGUUUUACAAAUUCUUUACAUCGUCCUUAAUUCAUAAAUUAAAUUAAGGAAAACGAUUUAUUUGAAUAAAAAUCAAUUUUUAUUAAUAAAGAUGUCCCAUAAUUAACAAAUCUUCAAAAAUCAUUAUUAAUAUCACCUGAUAGAAACUAAAAUUAAUCAUACAGUACUAAUAUGAAUAAUUUUAGUAAUACAUUAAUUGGAUAGACCAACCAAUAAACAGAAAAGUGAAUUUCCUCCUAUUAGAAAAAGAUUUUUAAGUUAAAGAGAAAUUAGUCGUAUUGAAUUUUGGGAUAAGAACUAUAGUGAAUUACAAGAAAUUGAAUUGAAAGAAGUAAUAAAUUAUUAAUUAAAUAAAUAGAAAAGUAGUCUUUUAUGUGGAAAAAUUAAGAAGCAGAUUAUACAAUAAAGAGAAGUAAAAGUAUUUAAACCUGCAGAUCAAUGUUUAAGAUAUUUUGAUAACAAUAUAUCUUUGAUUUCUGAAAAUCCUAUAACUCAAAGGUAAUUAAGUAAAGUCAUAAGUCUACCAAAAAUAAAAGAAAAAAAAGUAUGGAUUCCUAAUAAUAAUUAUUUUUGA